UGGACCCGGACAAACCGUCCGCAGGUUGAGCUGUUUCUGUCCGUGUCUGAGACCCGAGUCCAGAACCCGGUCUUGGUUCGGUUUUAAGCAGGUUUGUCCACACCGUCUUUCCGGUCCUCCAGUGAGCCGAGCCGGUGGAGGGUCAUGUACCGCGGCCACCCCCCGCCCAGAGGAGGCUAUCCGCCUUACGAAGGCCGCGGCCCGCCGCCGAGGCCUUUUCCUCCCCCGGGGAGCUACCGGGACGACCGGACCCGACCUAGAACCCCCUACACCCCCGGACACCACGAACACGGACACCCAGAUCCUUACCGCCGCUCCCCGCCCCGCAGGAGGUACCCCUCCCCCGCGUCGGGACGGGACCGCGGCCCCGAGUACUGGCCUGGAGGUCCACCCAGAGACAGUCCUCCGUCCCCACCAAGGACGACUCCUCUCGACCAUAACCUGGUCAUCACCGUUGGCAACGAGCACAUUGGACCACCAGGCUCCACCUCCUCGCAUCACCAUGACAGAGACUACCCUCCUCGAUCUGAAUACAAGCGCAGCCGCAGCAGGGGGCGGAGCCGGCCACGCAGCCACAGUCGGGGACGGAGUCCAGACCGGAGCCGGGCCAAGAGCCGAGGUCGCAGCAAGAGCCGGCCCCGCAGCCAGGAGCGGAGUCCGGACCGGAGCCGGGCCAAGAGCCGAGGUCGCAGCAAGAGCCGGCCCCGCAGCCAGGAGCGGAGUCCGGACCGGAGCCGGGCCAAGAGCCGAGGUCGCAGCAAGAGCCGAGGUCGCAGCAAGAGCCGAGCCCAUAGUAGGUCCUGGUCCAGGUCCAGGUCAAGAUCCAGGUCCAGAGGGCGAAGCCGGCGGCGGAGCUACAGUAAGGCCAAGAGCAGCGGUCGCAGUAAGAGUCGCCAUAGGAGUCGGAGCGUGAGCAGCAGCAGCUCAAGCCGAAGCAACAGCGUUGACCCAAAAGAGUUCCGCGAGCGAAAACAGUUCCACGAACUGGAGACAGCGAGACGCAGGAAAGAACUGGAGGCCAUGUUGAAUCAGCCCACGAAAUCCAUCCUGAAGAAACGCACUGAUUCUGAGGAUUCGCCGUCCGUCAGGAGUAUGGACUCUCCCAGAGUGUCCGAGUCCAGUAUCUGUCGCGUGGCUGAUCAGCUGCUUCAGGCCGUUAAAGGCAUGGAGCCUCACGCCGUAGCUGCUAUGUUGACCCAGCUCCAGUCCGACCCGCGGAUGGCCCAGAAAGCCGGUCUGGAUGCCGAGAUCAAGGAGAUCCUGGCCCUACUGGGUGGGGCCAAACCUCCGGUGAAGGCCACCAAUGAUAUAGACGAUGAGGAACAGUUCCUGUACGGCGACUCAGAGGAUCCGCAGCCAGGGGUGUCGGAGCCGGUCCGGUCCCACCUGGAGCUUUACGGAGAUGUGACUGAGGACUCGCUGUACGGAGACUAUCCACCCCAGAAACCUGCCACCAGCCAGCCCUACGGCCUCCCAACAGGGGCCAGCCCUCACUUGCAGGCUCCGCCCCCCACAGCAGAGGCGGACCUGAGGUAUGUGAGCCGGCCCCCCUUGGUCUCAGACCAGAACAUCACGGUCCAGGUGUCAAACACCAGCGUCCCGCCGGGAACAGAGCCUCUGGAGGACAGCGAACGCCAGGCACUAGAAGAGUACGAGAAGAUCCAGGACCUGCUGAAGACCAUCGGCUUGGACCUGGGCGUGGCCGAGAUCAGCAAGAUGGCUGCCAGAACCAAAGAGCGUCUCCAUGGAAACAAACCACCGAAAACACCCACUCGCCGCCGUUACUCGUCUGCAAGCUCCGAUGACAGCGGUCACAGCUGUGGACGCAGGAGGCGGAGCCACAGCGGCAGCUCCAGCAGCAGCAGCCGGAGUCGCAGUCGAGGGCGGGGCCGAGCCGACAGCUGGAGCAGCGACGACAGUCGUAGGAAGAGCUCAGCACCGUCCACAAAAGAGACAAAGGCAGAGCUGGCACCCCCCACUAAAAAAGAACCGCACCCUCCACAGACACCUGAUCCUCCAGUGCCCCCCCAUGCCAUGUCUAUUCCCUCCUACCCUCCUUCCCACAGCAUGGUGCCCCCUAACUACCCCCCGCCGGGCUAUGGGCAGUAUGGGAACUACCUGUCUUACAUGCACCAGCAGUGGCCACCCAUGUACCCACCCCCCUGCAUGACCCUGCCCCCCCAGACCCCAGAUGAGUACCCACCCACUCUGCCAUACAAACAGUACAGCAGCCCCGCCCCCAAGCAGCUGCUACCACCUAAAGUUUCAGACGCAGAGAAGGUCGGUGUUAAACUUCAGGACAGAGUCUCUGAGGAGCAGAACAACGAGAGUCAGAAACAGAAGGUGCUGGAGGAGAGAGAGAAGCUGAAGCAGGACCGGGACAUCCGGAUGAAGAAGAAGGAGUACCUAAUGAAGGAGUUGGAGAGACUCCGCAAGCAGCAAGGUGAGCUGCUCAGGAAGAAGCGCCGGGAAAAGGAUGGACACAAAGAUCCUCUGCUUCAGGAGAUCGGCCAUCUGCAGGAAGACGUCAUGAAGCAAAUCUCUAACUUGCGCAAAGAACAUGAGGCCGCCGAAAAGAAACGCAACGAAAUCGAAAAGGUGGCGCUCAUCCUCGGUCUAAACCCGUCAGACCGACCGCGACCGCCAACAACCAGCAGAUCCACUGAACGCCAGGAGGACCAGCCGCCACCACAAAAGAAGAAACGGGAGGCGCAGCCAAGCCCAGAAGGUCGACCAGGCGGAAGCAGCACCAGUAUGAAGCAGAUAUCUUCAGCACCGCCACAAGCAUCCUCAGACAAGCCUCCAGCUCCGUCCGUCACAGCCCCGCCUCCGGCUCAGGCCCCACCACCGACCCCACCCCUGGAACUCUUCGAAUACUAUGAUGCAGGAAACCACUGGUGUAAAAACUGUAACGUCACCUCUGGUUCCAUGUUUGAUUUUUUCACACACUUACACAGCAAAAUGCACCGAAAGACUCUGGACCCAUAUGACCGGCCCUGGGCCUCCACACCGACCAAAAUCACUAAGAGCCAGCCAUCGGAGGAGAAGCAGACCAAACCAGCUAAAGGUUCAGAGUUCAUGGUGCCCGUUAGAGGAUUCUUCUGCCUGCUGUGUAAAGAGUUUUAUGGAGACGCCAUCUGUGCAGAGGAGCACGUCACCAUACAUGCUCACAACGAGAAGUACAAGAAACAGAUGUACGAGAACCCUUUGUACGAACAGAGGAGGAACCUGGAUCGGCAGGCAGGGCUGGCGCUGGAGGCCGGCGGAAAGAAACGCAAACAUGACGACGAUGACAAAGGCAAAGAAAAAGAGGACAAGUCCAAACACAAGAAGGACAAAAAGGACAAGAAGAAGGAGGAGGAGCAGGACAGUCACAAGGAUGAGAAGUUAAAAGUGAAGAAUGAGGAGGAGGCAAAGCCAAGCAAGAAGGGGGAGGAAGUAAAAAAACCUAAGAAGCAGGAGGACGAGUAUGAAGACAAGCCUAAGCACAACAAGGACGAUAAAAACCGUCACAGCCGUGACGAAGACGAGAAAGAAAAAUUCAGGAGAGAUGAGGAAGAUCGACGCAAGUACAGCCGAGAGGAAGAAUAUCGCCACAGGUAUCGUAGCUCUGAUGAUGACCGGUACAGUAACCGGUCUAAAUAUGGUCCCAGAGGCGACGAGGACAAGUAUAAGUAUGACAAAUAUUCAGAUUCCAGAUCCAAACUUGAAUCGAAACCUGAUAAAGACGGUUCCAAAAAGUCUGAAGCAGCAAAACCAACUGAAAAACCACAGGACAACAAACAGUCAGAGCCUCCACCCAAACCAUACGACCCCCCCAAGAUCUUCUGUGGACCCAGUCCAGCCAUGAGGGCGAAGCUCCGUAAGCAGAGCCAGGAGGCUGGCAAACUGUCACCUGCAGCCACAGCAAUGGUAGCUUCAUUUGGGAAGUUCACCUGGAAGAAGAAGGAGAACCAACUGGCGAAGGAGGCACAGAAAGUGGCAGCAGAGUUUAUGAAAGAAGACGAAGCCGCUGCCAACAAGACGCCAGCUCCCGUUGAAGAUUGUUUUGCGAAAUCCGUGGCUGUUGCAAAAGAAAUUGCACAGAAGCUGUCAGCGCAACCCAGCACAGUGCGGCCCUGGGCAUCCAAUGGUGCCAAUAAGUGGAAGAUCCGGCCCAACCUCCCCGCACCUGCUGCCACCAUGAAGAAGACCACCAUGAUGGGAAAACCCGCACCUUUGAACACUUUCCUCUCCAUCAGACCUCAAACCCAAAACACCACCCAAAGUGUACCAGAGUCACCUCAAAAAAAUGAUUCCCAAACAUUGCAUCCUUCAGCCAAUGACCCCAUAUUCCCAAUUCUUCAAACUGACACUUUCAUAGUCCCAGAUCCUCCAAAAGAUAAAGUCCCCAAAACUCCCACAUCCGCUGCAAACACCCAGACUCAACCUGUGACCACCACCCCAGUUACACCUCUACCCACAGGGCCCAGUCCAGCUCGGGUCUCCACACAGACCUCCAUACCUGCUCCACCCAUGUCCAAACCUGUGGUUAACAUCGCACCACCCGUGACCAAACCUGUACCAACGGCGCUGGCUCCUGCUCCAUCUGCCAAACUACAACAAUCCACCAUGGUAAAGGUCGUGUCCGAUGUAGCGGCACCAGGAGUCCCUGAAAACGAGCAAACCCGGACAGUGUUUGUUAAACCGCCACCUUUUAUGAACAUAGGUGAUGGAGGCAGCAAGUCUGAGAAGACUCUGAAGAGUAACAUGGCUGCAGCCAAAGCCCAGGACUUAUUUGGCAUCUUCUACAGUAGCAUCGGCCAAUCAGGGCCCUCCUCCAUGUUAAAACCAGCUAUUGACACCAGAACCACCACCAGUAAAGGCUCGGUAACUCCCCAACAACCACCAAAACCACAACCUGAGCCCCAAAAUCCCCCUAAGGUUCAAGCAACACCACAACCAGAAUCCAACAAAUCACAACCACAAACCCAUCCAGAAUCUAACCAAUCUGAGCCACGAACCCAUUCGGAAUCCAACAAAUUAGAACCACAAACCCCUCCAGAAUCCAAAAAAUCAGAGCCACAAACCCCUCCAGAAUCCAACGAAUCACAGUCCCCUUCCCAACUGGAGUCAGAACUUCAGAUCACGUCAGUCUGGUCCUUAAAUGAGCCGGAAGUGUCUCCAUCCAAAAGUACUUCACAGACUGAUUUGACCCAAACAAAACCAUCACCCUCUCAAAACCAAACUGGACUCCCUGAACUCAAUCAAGCUCCUCAGACCAAGCCAGAACCUCAAAAAGAACCCCAGCCAGACCAGGACACCAAGCAUCUCACUGAAACCUCUCCUGACCCACCUUCAGAACCAGAACCCAAACCUGGUCCAAAAACAAGAGGCAAAACAACACCAACGAAGAAGAAAACUGCUCCGGCCACCACACGGCCUGUCCGACAAACCCGUUACCAGACCCGACGGCAGCAGCAGCAGCAGCAGCCUAGUCCGGAACCUGAGCCAGUCUCAGGGGAGUCAUCUGAAUCAAAGGACCUGGAGGAGUCGGAUCCUGGGACUGGAUCCGGGUCCCAGCAGGUGGAGGACGAUGUUCAGGUGAUUGAGGUCACACCUGAGACCCUGGGCCUCCCAUCCGACAUGACGUCGUUGAACUUUGACUAUGAUUUUAAUUUUGAGUGAUAGGGGUUCAGCAGGACCUGGACUGGACCUGUGUCUGAAGGGCCAGUGAAACCUUUAUUCUCUCCUGAGUUUCAGGCGGAUUUUGUUUUGUUUCUGUUCAUGUUUCUUCAUUUCAUGUCAAAGUAUUUCCGUUUUUUCACUAAGUUUUUGAAGUAAAAUGUCUGAAUGCAUUCAUGUGUUCCUGGUGUUUUCAUCGUCAACAGGUUCUACGUUACCGAGCUGCAGGUUCAUCAUGAACUGUUCAGUGCUUUUUUCACUAUGACAAACGGUCCUGGAGAAAGUUGAUGGUUUCUGGAUGAUAACGAAGAGAAUCUAAACUCUGACCAAAACUCUGUGGACUUAAUUUAUCACUAAGUUACAGGUGAUUGGGGAUUUUCAGACCAAUAUGUUUUUGUUUUUUUGGGGGUUUUUUUUUUCUGUUUUUUAUUUACUCCCCAUUUUGUAUCAGGAAAAAAACCUUCGAGUUAAAAAUAACUGAAUUGUUUUUAUCUCAGAUUACACUCAAAAUACUCAGUUAAAAGCUGAUUUAUUCAUUCAUCCCUAAAAUUAAUGACAGAUUUAGAGUCUGAAGAAUCAUUUGCUUGUGGGAUUUUUCUUUCAGUAGAAGAUAAUCAUAUAUUUUCCACAGAUCUAAUGAAAGUGUUUGAUUGUUGUGAAUUACUGGGUUGUAAAUAAUUGUUUUAGGAGCUGCCUGCCCACAUACUUUUGGCCAUGUCAUCCCAGAUUCAACCUGUCCAAUGUGGAUCGUCUGCUUCCUGCUGCUUUUCCCUCAUAAAUCCAUGUUGUUUCAACAGCUGUAAAAUGUGUUUACGUAGUUUCAAUAAAAAUUAGCGAAAAUA